CAAAAUGAAAUACAAUGGUCGUGGCAAACUAUUGAGUUGGUAGCAUGUGUUUUACACACCUAAGUCAUAGGUGAGUUAUAGUAUAAUCAAUAUCAUAUGUUUGAAUUAUUGGCACCACAAUUACGACAAUAUAUGUUUUGGGACAACCUCUUUACUUGUUGUGUAAACAGUCAGAAGUUGCAAAGAGCAAGAAGCCAAAAAAAAAUAAUGCGUUGCUGGCUGCAAAUUAACUUAGGCUUUGGUGGAAGUUUAAUUUCAACCAAGUUAAGUAAAGCACUCCUUUUGUCCUCUCCAAAAAGCAUAGCCUUUCUCCAAUAAUUUUCUGAAUAAAACAUAACAAAAAACUAUUAAAAAAUGUAAAGGUAAUAUGCAAAAAAUGAAUGCAUUUCUCAUUUUCCUUUGCCUUUCCUCACUAUAUAUAUCUUCAUCACACUUGUCUCUCUCUUGUCCUCAAAUCAAAUCCAUCUCUUCAUCUCUCUUUCUCCCAAACUCACUCUCUCAAACUGUUACAGCAAAAGAAUAAUUUUAUUAAAAAAUAAAGCAUGGAAAACAAUGUACCAGUGAUAUCAAAGAGAGUUUGGAGUAUGGUACGUGUGGCCUUCUUCAUGCUGAGAAAAAAAUUAUCAAAGGGAAAAUUAAUGAAGGAUCUAAACAUGAUGCUCCAACGCCGCCGCAAGCUUGCUGGAAAAGCCAUUGCUAACUUAAUGUUCCAUCAUCACCACCAAGGCUCCACCUCAAGCUGCCGUUCCCACAACUCCUUCACUUUCACUCAGGCACUUUCUACAUCGCAUGAUGAGAAGAUGACUAUGAGCGCAAUGAAUACAAUUCUAAAUAUGCUAAACAAUGAUCAAGCGAUUGUAGAAGCAUCUCCAGCAUUGUCUGCAGUGAGGCAAUUGAUCAGGGUGACUGACUCUCCAUUUCCUUUAAGAGAUGAUGAUGAGAAGGACAACGAGAUUGAUAAGGCUGCAGAAGAUUUCAUAAAAAGGUUUUACAUCCAGUUGAGAAAACAAGAUUGAGUGAAUAAUUAAUACUAAUUCAAUCUACACCUUGUCAAUUAGUUAACUUAAUACUGAGUGUGUAAACGGUUGUUGUGAAUAUUUUUAGGAUAUAUAAUCUAGAGUUGAUAAAUGUAUAUGGGUCAAUGUUUUGCACAUGUUAUCUCAAAUAUUAUCAUGUUAAGUUCUUUUUAUUCUAAAAAUAACAUUCAUUCAAA